AGUGAGGACGACUGUCUGCCCGAGUACCGCCACCUCUUCAGCCCGGACCUGCUCCAGGACAAGGUGGCCUUCGUCACGGGCGGAGGCUCCGGAAUCGGGUUCCGGAUCGCAGAGAUCUUCAUGCGGCACGGCUGCCACACAGUCAUCGCCAGCAGGAGCCUCCCGCGAGUGUCGGUGGCCGCCAGGAAGCUGGCUGCUGCCACCGGCCAGCGCUGCCUCCCGUUGUCUCUGGACGUCCGAGCUCCCCUGGCCGUCAUGGCCGCCGUGGACCAGGCCCUGAAGGAAUUUGGGAAGAUCGACAUUCUCGUGAACUGUGAGUCGCCGCCCAGUGAGGCCAGGGGGCUCGUGGCCACCCCAGACUCAAAACGCACUUUGCUAAAUUCACGGGGAGAAAAAAUUCCCGCUGCUGAAUGGGCCUCCCGCCCCGCCAGUCUGCAAGAUCCGCCAUUAGAGCUGGCGGAGGGCCUGGCCCUGCACCCCCCACCCCACGCCUGUUCGGGCCACUCAGCUGCUGCAGGCUACCAUCCUUUCCACGAUUGGGGAGCCCUUUCCCUGGACGGCGACGGGGACGGCCUGGUCCGCACCGAGGACUUCGUGCAGUUCGCCACCGUCUACGGCGCCGAGCAGGUGAGUGGCGCCUCGUCCUGCCACCGGCACCCUCCUCCAGCUCCCCGCCGCCUCUAUGGGAGGCGCAUCCGCACCCCCGCGGGGUGGGGGGCCCAGGGCCUGGCAGGGAGCCCCCUCCCUGCAGGCGGCCAGGCUGGCAGCCGGGCCGCCUGUUCUGAGCAGCGCUGGGCUGCGCCUGGCACACGGGCCUUGCGGAUGCGGCUGGUGGCUGGUGGCUGGGGAGGCCCCCGAACCUCACUUCCCGCUGGAGCGCCUGCGGAGGCAGGGCUCGGUGGAGGAGAGCAGGCCAGGAGCACCCCGGCGGCCAGUGCGGUGUGCAGGGAGGGGCCCAGGCCGGCCCUGCUGCUCCGCUGGCCAGACCAGCCGCUGGCCCUGAAGCGCCUCCUCGCAGAGGAGCAUCAGCGACAUCCCCCUGCGGGCACCCCUGGCUUUCCAGGGAAGGGGCCGCUGUCCAGGGUGCCUGUGUCGGGUCCCGCACCCUCCUCCAGGCUGGGUGUGGAGGGCCCGUCCCCGAUGGGCCCCCGGCCAGAGGCCCGCCUCAUCCUGACGGCCUCGGAGCAGCCCGUCCGGCCGCCUGGCCGGCUGGAGCGUCACCCCUCUGCGGCGCCCGGGGACAGACUGCAGUCCUGGGAGCUGGUGCUGAAACGAGCCGGCCAGCCGCCCCCGACUGCCCCGCCCUCCGCCCGGGGAACGGUGGGUUCCUCCCACCGACAGGUGCUUCAGACCUGGAGGCGUGCCAAGCUCAGCUCAGGUGUCACCUGCCCGAGAUGCCGCCCGGCCUACGCCCAGGCACCCCCCAGCCCGCGGCGGCCCCAAGGCGCCCCGUGGGUGCCCUGCGGCCAGUGGCCACGCAGGGGGGGCCAGCGCUCGGGCUUCUGGCACAGGAAAGCCCUGCUGGACACCGAGCGGCGCUGGCUGCCUGGCCCUUGCAGAAGCCGAGCCACGUGGUCUGCAGAAAGAGACGCGGUUCCUGGGCUCCGUGGCCGCCACGGGGUCGCCAGCGCCAGGUGCGGUCUGGCGGGCGGAGGCCGACCGCUCGCUUCCGGAGGGAAGCUGCAGCUGCGCCGGCACCUGGAUGCCCUGAGCUGGGCCCUGCUCACCGCGGCCGUGGGCCAGCCCGGUCCCGUCCAGCAGCCCCAGCCGAGGCCCCGCAGCCGGUGA